CUUGGAAUUGGUCACAUGUCAUGUAAAACCAUCGCACUUUAACUAUCUUCUUCUUAUAAUCUACACGCCAAAUCUCACCAUAAACAUGUCCAAAUUCGACCCAUACCAGCAUCUCGGUAUACGCCUCAACCCUGAUGGUACGAUUACUCGCCUCAACAACUUCCCCAACACCGACGCCAACCCCGGGAUAAUUCCAGGUCUCCCUACUGUCUCCAAAGAUGUCACCGUCAACGACGAAACAAAGGUCUGGGCACGCAUUUUCCGCCCCACCAAACUGCCCUCUAACGACAACACUGUGGCACGACUCCCCAUAAUAUUCUACUUCCACGGUGGCGGCUUCGUCCUCUAUAGCGCUGCCAAUAUCACAACUCAUCAACUUUGCUCUGCCCUUGCCAGCGAAAUAACUGCCAUUGUCAUAGCAGUCGACCAUCGCCUCGCUCCCGAGCACAGGCUUCCAGCACAGUAUGAAGAUGCCGUUGACACGAUCCUCUGGGUGAAGAAACAGGCUUUGGACCCAGACGGAGAAAAAUGGCUAAGAGAUUUUGGAGAUUUUACAAGAUGUUACCUUGGUGGGCGUGGCAGCGGUGGCAAUAUUGCGUUUCAUGCUGCUUUAAAAGCUCUGAAUAACGAUAUAAAGCCUUUGAAUGUUAUUGGUAUCUUUUUGAACCAACCCAUGUUCGGUGGGCAACAAAGAUUGCUAUCAGAGUUGACAUAUGCGACGGAUCAGUUGACACCAUUACCUGUACUUGAUCUGUUGUGGGAGUUAGCAUUGCCUAAGGGAACUGAUCGUGACCAUCGAUUUUGUAAUCCAUUGGAGGAUGAACCGUACAUGAGUAAGGCCAGUUCGAUAGGGAGGUGUUUGGUGAUUUCGUUCAAUAUGGACCCAAUGUUUGAUAGGGUGCAAGAAUUCGUGGAUAUGAUGGUGAGGCAAGGGGUUCACGUUGAAGCACGGUGCGAUCUUGUGGGGUUCCAUAAUAUCGAUCUCGUGGAUAAGCAAAGAUGUCAGGCCAUUUUGAAUAUUAUUAAGGAAUUUAUCAUUUGAAACUAGAAGUUGAUGUUUUCCUACAAGUCUUCCGAAAUUGGCGAUUGAUCGAACGUUUAAUUCUGGUUCAGAUGCUUGAGGAACAUGGUAUGAUAGUAGGAGGGUACAAAUUAACAUGGUAAUAACGUGCAGCUAAUAUAAUAGAGAU